GUUCUCUGUCGUCAGAAGAUGUAUGAAAAUCACCACAGGACAAGAGUAUGCGGCCAAAAUUAUCAACACCAAAAAGCUUUCAGCUAGGGAUCACCAGAAACUGGAAAGAGAAGCUAGAAUCUGUCGCCUCUUGAAGCAUCCCAAUAUUGUGCGGCUUCAUGACAGCAUAUCAGAAGAAGGAUUCCAUUACUUAGUCUUUGACUUAGUCACUGGAGGUGAAUUGUUUGAAGAUAUAGUUGCAAGAGAAUAUUAUAGUGAAGCAGAUGCCAGUCAUUGUAUACAGCAGAUUCUAGAAAGUGUUAAUCAUUGUCAUCUAAAUGGCAUAGUUCACAGAGACCUGAAGCCUGAGAACUUACUUUUAGCUAGCAAAUCCAAGGGAGCAGCAGUAAAACUGGCGGACUUUGGAUUGGCUAUAGAAGUCCAAGGAGAACAACAGGCUUGGUUUGGCUUUGCUGGUACUCCAGGAUACCUUUCUCCAGAGGUGCUACGAAAAGAUCCUUAUGGAAAACCUGUGGAUAUGUGGGCAUGUGGUGUCAUUCUGUAUAUCCUCCUGGUGGGAUAUCCUCCUUUCUGGGAUGAAGACCAGCACAGGCUUUACCAGCAGAUCAAGGCUGGUGCUUAUGAUUUUCCCUCACCAGAAUGGGAUACAGUGACUCCUGAAGCAAAAGACCUUAUCAAUAAAAUGCUUACCAUCAACCCAGCAAAACGUAUCACAGCAUCAGAAGCACUAAAGCAUCCAUGGAUCUGUCAACGUUCUACUGUUGCCUCUAUGAUGCACAGGCAAGAGACUGUAGAUUGCUUGAAGAAAUUCAAUGCAAGAAGAAAACUAAAGGGGGCCAUUUUGACAACUAUGCUGGCUACCAGAAAUUUCUCAGCGAAGAGUUUACUGAAAAAGCCGGAUGGAGUUAAGGAGUCAACAGAGAGUUCCAAUACAACCAUUGAAGAUGAGGAUGUGAAAGCUCGUAAGCAGGAGAUUAUCAAGGUUACUGAGCAGUUGAUUGAAGCUAUCAACAAUGGGGACUUUGAAGCUUACACAAAAAUCUGUGAUCCGGGCCUUACAUCUUUUGAACCUGAAGCUUUGGGUAAUCUAGUAGAAGGGAUGGACUUUCACCGGUUUUACUUUGAAAAUGCUUUAUCCAAAAGUAAUAAGCCAAUCCACACCAUUAUCCUCAAUCCUCAUGUCCACCUCGUGGGUGACGACGCUGCUUGCAUUGCAUAUAUACGGCUCACACAGUACAUGGAUGGAAGUGGGAUGCCAAAGACUAUGCAGUCAGAGGAAACACGGGUCUGGCACCGUCGUGAUGGGAAGUGGCAGAACGUUCAUUUUCACCGUUCAGGGUCACCAACAGUACCUAUCAAUGCCUAGCACAGCGGGAUCCCAAUCAUGACUUCGGCCCCUAGAUGCUACGCUAAAAAUAUCAGCGGUGCCGCUCUUGCAUUUUCUGUACCCAACGCACCUGGUUGAUUACCAUCUUGGCCAUCCCGUUCUCUUCAUGCAUGUUUCUGAGUGCAUGAAGUUGUGAAGGUUCUUCAUGUAACACAUUUGUGAUGCACCAUGUUGCUGUAUAUUCCAUCUGUACACUGUUAACAUUUCAAUGAAGGUAAUGUUCCAUGCAAAUAGAGAACAACAAGGCAUAAAAGACAAAAAUAAUAUUUGCUGGACAGCAGUAGAUACAGAACACAUUUGUCACUUUCUCCAUUUAUGCCAAGUUUUGACAGACAACUUUAAAAAUUAUCCUGUUUAUUAAAAAAAAAAAGAAAAAAAAAGUACAUUUUACCCUCUUUUUUUAAGAACUGUUUUUUGAAUCCUCCUUUUGCCCUGAGUCCCAGGGUUUUGCUUUGGUUCUGGUAGGAAUGGUUAGGAUUUCCGCUGGCAGCUCCGUUACUGUAAAACAGAUUUUUAUUACAGCAUGUAGAUGGACGAAAUCACUGAUAAAUGUGGAAGUGAUAAUAUCUUGGCUUUAUACCAGCUGAAGCCUUCUUAGUUUAUUAGUCUGUGUAAACUGGAAAACUUUCAUCAUUUGCUGGCUUCGUCAAUUCAGAAUUAACUGUCAAUGUUCCGGUGAGCCAGCAGCUUCUUUUUUUUCUUUUCAGUCUUUACCUUUGCUUUCUUACUAUGCUAAUUGAAAAUUUCUGUUGGAUGAUUAAGCAAAACUAAAAAUUGUAAGGAACUAACUGGUGAUUGAGGAGCAGAUUUUGAGGAUUAAAAUGAAAGAAUAGAGAAAGGUUUUUAAUCGCUUUUAGGUGUACUGUAAAUUUUUUAAGGAGGCUUUAAAAAAUACGGAAUUUUGGCUCAGCUAUAGACCAGUUGUGUGGUUAAUAUACUCGAGAAAUAUUAGGCCUUAAAAGCUUAGUAUGAAGAGUUUACUUACUUUACACUGCUGCUGUUGCUUCUCUGGAAAUGUAUUAUGGAUACACCGGUUUUCUAAGAAGAUUGUAACACUUUACCACAGAUUUGUUUCUCCCCUCUCUUCCCCCUCAAUCUGCUCUUGGUUUCUUAAAAUCCUUGUGCAGCGUACAGUAUCAAGGACAACAAUCUUCGCAGCAUUACCAACUUGGUUUGGCCCCUGAUCCGUUGCUGCGAACGCCUGUACGCUGCACAGGGAAUGCUCUCGGUGUCAGUUCAGAACACAAGCUUUGUGAUAGGGACUGUACUUGCUUCCCUUAUGUUGCUGUGAAAAUACAUCCUUGCAAGCAUUUAGGUUUGUUCCCUUCCUUUUUUAAUAGAAAAAUACAGGGAUCGGUUAUUUCUUUUUUUUCUUUUGUUAAUUGUUCUGUUACCAACAGGGCUAACUGUUUUCUGCAGCGCUGUAUAGUGCAUGAUAUCUCAAUCAAUAUUCUUUUUAGCGGUUAAAAAUUUACAACUCGGCAGCCUGGAGUUUUUAAAAUGGGAACCCUUCCUAAUUUGUAUCAUUUCACCUUUCUGUGUUGAUUACUAAUCAAAAGCAGUUCUUAAACAUUUUGAUGUUGUUACUAGUGGAUGUAUGGUAGAUGGAUUUAAGCUUCUCUGAUAAUUACUACAUGAUUUUAAACAAUAUAUAUUUAAAAUAAGCAUCUACAAUAAAUGUGUUGAGCCA